CACCAUUAAUCAUCAUCAUAUACCAAGUGUAACUGAUUUCGUGUUAAACUUUUGCGAAGCCCACCAAUUGAAUUUUACAUUCCAUUUUUUUUUACGAGUACAAUUUUUGAAAAUUUCGAAUAAUUAUGGCACAAAGAACUGGUUCCCUUAGAAAAUCACUUCGAUCAGCUAUUCUGACCUGUCUGCUUGUUGGUUUGGUGCAUACUGUUCAACAAUUUUACAUGCAAGCCAUCUAUAGAAAUGGAAGUAUAGGAUGGUCAUUGUAUCUGCUGGUGGAAUUAGUCGUUUUCAUGGCUACAAUCAUAGCUAUCUUUAAUGAGAAAGAAAAAUACGAAUAUCGUUUGCUAACCUUUGCCCUUGCAUUUUCCGUUGUGGAUAUUUCGAUUGCAUUUGUUCAUCUUUGGGGAAUCCAUAAAAGAGUACCAAAUGCCAACAUUUUGUGGCUAGCGUACAUUUUACAAAUAGCUUUAAUCAUUUUCAAAAUCUACUCGACAGUGCUGUUCCAUGGCUAUUUGACCGAACCGAACAGAAUUGUGAUUCGUAGAAUCCCGAAAGUGUACUACCGAGUAGAUGGUUCACCAACAGACUUUCAAAAUUGUCAGGUGUUUUAUAUCAUCCCACAUCCCUCUUCAACUGUUCCAUAUCCAGCUACUGGAGAAGUUCUGAGCGAUUCCAUUCAGCCUCCGCAGUAUUCCAAUCAGACUGCUUAUCAUACUCCGUAUCCGCCAUCUCCUCCUCCUGAAUAUAGUCGAAAUGUUAAUCAACUGGUGUAAUUUUUUGACUAAUCAAGCGACAAUUAAAAGAACAUCUUCCUUGAUAUUUUUCUUUAUCUUUUUCCUCAAAGGAUCUUUGGUUGUGCUCGUAUUUUUCUAAUAGGUAGGUACAUACUUACUUGUAAUCGUUUGUUUUUAUAAAAUAUGAAAGCUGUUUAUUAUGAGGUAUUAUUAAGUACCCAUUUUUUGAAUUAAGUAUAUAUGUAGUUUUGUGAAUUAGGUAUGAAUAUUCGUAGGCUAGAUACAUAAGUUCUUAAUUUUAUCAUUGUACAUAUAGUGCUAAAGGAGGGGGGUAUUCGAAAUUUCGUAUAAUUUUGCCUCCCUCCUCCAUUCUCCUGCUUGGAUGUUUUGAUAAUUUUUGAAAAAAUCAAUCAUUCUUCUUGAAUAAUGCAAAACAAAUAUUUAGGUACCUAAGUACCUAUUUAAUCAUUUUGAGCAUUAUCGAUGACAUGAAAUCGAAAAUGAAUCGAUUUUUGGAGUUCUAUUAAUCGAUUUUUGAUAAGAAGGUCUAGGUCUAGGGUUACAACUUAUUUUUCAUUUCCAAAAUGGUCGAAAAUAUGGAAUCGAAAAUCGCAAAUAAAUCGACUUUUUUGCGGUUCAAUAAAUUAAAUCGAUUUUCAAUCAUGAUCAUGAGUAAUUUUUGUUCUGAAGGUCUGGUUCUAUUGAAAGUACAAUUGAUUUUCAAUUUUGAAUACCUACGAUCGAUCAAAUAGAUUUGAAAAUCGCAAAUAAGUAAAUCGAUUUUUGGAGUUGGAUUAAUCGAAUUUUGAUCAUAAUGUAGUUUUGAUUAAGUUUUGAGGUUAGAAUAUUGAAUUAUUCAUUUUGAACACGAUUGAUUAUACAGAAUCUAAAAUGACAAAUGAAUCAAAUUUUGGAAUUCGAAUAAUCGAUUUUAACAAUUUUCGAUCAUAGUCGAUGUUUGAUCAAGAGGUCUACUCCUGCUUCAUCACCUUGAACAAUUCAUGAAUACUACCUAAUUUUUUAGGAAUGAUUGAGAAAGGGGGGGGGGUCAAUUGGACUAGAAACUAGAUACCCAAAGUAAGGAUUAUGGAAGACGUCGAAAACAUCACAUUUUUACUCAAAUGAAAUUUCAUUUUUUAAGAAUUGAAAAAACCUGAAUUUGUAAUCUCAAAUCUGCAUUACGAACCCAAAACUAUUCAUUUGAUUUGAAAAACAUUUUAUAGCUUGUUUUUGGCCAUUUCUAGCACACUUAUGGCUUUUCAGAGUAUAAAGGAAAAAAUCUAUCAAUAUUCCUACUUUUUUUUUGAAAUUUCCUGAAAAGAAAGUUGAAAUUUUCAACAAAAAAAUUCAAAAUGUUGCAUCAUUUCAAAAGGGCAGGGGAGGAGAUACUGAAGAGUAAGAAGAAGUUGAAUUUAUAGAAUUUGGCACUAUUUUUGGAGGUUAUUUUUUGAUAGUUUAUUCAAUUAUCGUAAGGUAGAUAAAUAUGUAUUAUUCUGUUUUGAUAUAUUGAUCUCUAGUAAGUAAUUUUUAAUAGGUAGGUACCUAUGUAUUCUUAUUUAAAUUACAAAAUAUUC